AUGGAUGGAAGUCUUACCUCAGUCGCUCUCAAAACCCCUAUUUCUUUCUCUUUCUCUUUCUCUCUCUUCUUCUUCUCCUACUCUACACGAAAACAACCCAAAUGCACCGCUUCAGUCGCUGAUUACUUGCUGCAUAAACACCAAUUCUCUCCUGAAACUGCCUCAAAAGUCUCCUCUGGGUUAACUUGUGUAAAAAACCCAGAAAAGUCUGAUUCUAUACUGUUCUUUCUCAAAGCGAGUGGGUUUUCGAAGACCCAUCUCGAAAAUGUUGUAGUAAAAUGGCCCAAUGUUCUCUCUGCUAAUCUUGAUCGUACCAUCAAGCCCAAAAUCCAGGUUUUCCAAGACUUGGGCUUUUCUCCGACAGAAACUGCCGACAUAAUUUCGACGGAUCCUUGGAUUUUGAGGCGUAGCGCUGUUAAUCGGCUCGGGCCAUCCCUUUUACUGUUGAGAAAUGUGUUUGAUUCAAGUUUAGAUGUGUCUAAGGUCUUAAAGAUUUCUGGGUGGUUUUUGAAUCAUGAUUUGGAGAAGAGUAUGAUACCCAAUAUUGAAUUGAUGAAGAGUCUUGGAAUUAAAUCUUCUCAGAUAAUGAGACAUUUGUACAACUUUCCAAGGCUUUUCUUUUAUAAACCAGAAAGUAUUAAGGAAUUCGUUAAGAGGGUUGAUGAAAUGGGUUUUGAUAUGAACUCCAAGAUGUUUCUCCAUGCGAUUCGAGCUGUGAGCUCAAUGACAGUUAAGAAUUGGGAACUUAAAUUGGAGCUUUUUCGGAGUUUAGGGUUUUCAGAUGUUGAUAUACGAUCUGUGUUUCAGAGGCAGCCUCACGUUUUUACCGUAUCUCGAAGGAAAAUUAAGGAUGUAACACAGCUUCUGCUUGCCACCGGGAAAUUUGAUAUCUCAUUUUUUGUUAACCACCCGGAUUCGCUUUGUUACAGUAUUGAAAACAGGUUAAAACCACGGCUACGAGUUGUGANAUUUCGAUUUCCUGAAUAA